CAGACCAGUUUUGUCAUUACGUACACAGAGGCUUGGCUGAGCUGCUAUAAACGAACGCUUCUCUUGAAACCCAACACUAGGUCACAAUCAGGAUGUGUUCAGAAGAUCUCGAGUGUGGAAUCUGUUACGAACCCUACAACGCGGCUCAGCGGUGUCCCCGGGAGCUCCGCUGUGGACACAGCUUUUGUGAAAGUUGUCUCGUGGCUCUGUGUCUGGACGGCUCCAUCGCGUGCCCUCUGUGCCGCCAAAUCACACACGUGCCCGUCGGUGUCGCGAGGGUACGAGCGGUCCUGCGAGUGGACGAAUGCGUCCUGGAACGGAUGAUGUCGGAAGGGGUUUUCCUCGGUGACGACAACGCAGCUGAUGAUGACACAGACAACAGCGAUGAGAUUAACGAGGAAACGCCUGACGCGAGCUGUCCGGAGGAGACUGGUGAAAGUGACUCAUCGUCUGGUUCAAGAGCCGGCAGGUUUCGGCAGUCGUUGAAGAAAAUGUGGAGACUGAUCCUCGGAAUCAAACCUCAGGGUGACAGAGAGCGCGAUUGUGUCACCGACGAGGAAUUCAGGGACUUUGCCAUGAUGUCAUUCUACACGUUUUGACGAGUCUACUAUCUAUUUGCCGCACUUAAUAGCUGGACUAUGAGCAAGGCAUCCGCAGGCGACUCAGCAUUUCAAUAGCCUAUGUCAAUAUAUAAAUAUGUGCCAAAGGAGGUCUUACACUUAUGGGUCUUUAUCACUGUAUAUUAACUGUUGUUUUGACUGCCUGGAUAUUUCCUUGAAUACCCUUUUUUCCGGAUACAUGUUUUAAUUUGUAUGUUUUUAUUUAAAAUAAUCUAUUUAAUUUCUAUAAAGUAUUUCAAGUGUUUUCUGUAUGCCUUCUACUGUGUUUUGCCUGUGUGUGUGUAUGUAUAUGCAUAGGCCUAGGCCUAUAGUAUUAUAUGCCUAUAGGCUAUAUGUUAUUUUCUAUUAAAAACGUAAGCCCUAAAAGCUCCAAA